CUCAGCGGGGAGCGGGCCGGGCAGUUCGCCGCGGCGCCCUAACUCGAGCGGUAGCGUCAUGUCGUUCGAGGAUAUUCUCAAUAAAGUGAAGCAGUACCCGGUGCUGUGGGACCCUGCUCAUAAGUAUUACCGCCGGAAAUCCGUUCAAGCGGAGUCGUGGGCUAUAAUCGCCGCCGAUCUUGACUCCGAGGAGAAACUUGUGAGGAGUAGAUGGAAAUACCUAAAAGAUCAGUGUCGAAAAGAACUUAAGAAAAUUGCAUCGGGUGAAAUAGACAAGUCGAGGUGGCUGUACUUCAACCGACUACAGUUUAUUAAGAAGGAGCUACUAAACGAAGGAGAACCUAAACCAUAUAAAAAUGUAAAAUACGAUGCCGAGUCCGAAGAACCCCCACCAAAAAAAAACAAAAUUGCAAGUCCCGAACCAUGCACUUCAUAUUCAGGUCAGGAGUCAUGGAAACUGCAGCAAAUCUCAACUAAAUUAAACGAGUUAUCCAAGAAGAUUGACAACCAGAACCCAUUUGACGAAGAGUUGAGAAAUAAUCCCGAUUUCAUGUUUCUCAUGAGUAUUUUGCCAACUAUACGCGAUUUGACAGAUGUUCAGAAGUUUACGUUUAGAGGGAAAGUGAAUGAGUGGUUAUUGGAGGCGUUAGCGCAGAAUCAAUUCGUUUUGAGUGAACAAUAUCAGUGUAAAAUUGAAGACCCGGAUUCGUAGUAUUAUUACUGUAUAAUACUGUUUUUCACUACAUUAUACUUUUUACUGUUGAACAAUAAUAAAGUAAAGUUUGCAACCCUAGUCUAGACUCGAUAGCUUCCACAUCGUAUUGAGAUGGGUUCAAUUUAUCUUAUAAUUAAUACAUUUGAGCGACUCAUGUGAUAUAUAAAGACAUUUUAAAGAAAUGGUUU